CCUGUUGCUGGGGAGGCAGGCCGGUGUUUUUCCACUCAUGCUGAUAUCUAAUGCGCUUCCAUUUUAAGACACAAAGGUCAGAAAGAAAAUCUUAUAAAUUAAAUUUACCGGGUCAGUUUUUGUUUAACGUCCCGGCGACGCACAAUAGACAAGAGACAAGACACUUCUAAAGGAGUAAAAGAAAAAAACAAAAAAACAGCUGAGCAUGGCCCAAAAAGAGAAGCUCCAGUGUCUGAAGGACUUCCACAAGGACACCCUGAAGCCGUCCCCAGGCAAGAGCCCUGGCACCCGACCUGAGGACGAGGCAGAGGGCAAGCACCCGCAGAGAGAGAAAUGGGCAAGCAAGCUCGACUUCCUCCUGUCCGUGGCUGGCGGUUUCGUUGGUUUAGGGAAUGUAUGGCGCUUCCCAUACCUUUGCUAUAAGAAUGGUGGAGGUGCCUUUCUUAUCCCUUACUUCAUCUUUCUGUUUGGCGGAGGCCUGCCUGUGUUUUUCCUGGAGGUUGCACUGGGUCAGUUCACCUCUGAGGGGGGAAUCACUUGCUGGGAUAAAAUUAGCCCUAUCUUUAGUGGUAUCGGCUAUGCUUCCAUUGUGAUCGUUUCUUUGCUGAACAUCUACUACAUCGUGAUCCUGGCCUGGGGCUUGUACUACUUAUUCCAGUGCUUUCGGCCUGAGCUUCCCUGGGCAAGCUGCAACAACCCAUGGAACACUGCUAAUUGCGUUGAGGACACACACCGCAAGAACAAGACCAUCUGGGCAGCUAUCAAUGCUACCAACUUCACCUCGCCAGUCACCGAGUUCUGGGAACGCAAUGUCCUCAGCAUCUCUGACAGCAUAGAGGAUGUUGGCCCUAUCAAAUGGGAACUGGCUCUGUGUCUCCUCGCUGUAUGGAUCAUCUGUUUCUUUUGCAUCUGGAAAGGUGUGAAGUCCACAGGAAAGGUUGUGUACAUCACAGCAACCUUCCCAUUUGUCAUGCUAAUUGUCCUCCUUGUCCGGGGUGUCACUCUUCCUGGAGCAGCCGAGGGCAUCAAGUUCUAUCUGUAUCCAAAUGUCACUCGCCUUGAAGAUCCCGAGGUUUGGAUCGAUGCAGGGACACAGAUUUUCUUUUCCUAUGCCAUUUGUCUGGGUGCGAUGACAUCACUUGGAAGUUACAACAAGUACAAAUACAACUGCUACAGGGACUGUUUGCUGCUGGGAGGCCUGAACAGCGCUACCAGUUUUGUGUCUGGCUUCGCAAUAUUUUCCGUCCUGGGCUUCAUGGCACAAGAGCAAGGGGUGGACAUUGCUGAUGUGGCAGAGUCAGGUCCUGGCUUGGCCUUCAUUGCAUACCCCAAAGCUGUGUCGAUGAUGCCACUGCCUACGUUUUGGGCCGUUCUCUUCUUCAUUAUGCUCCUGCUACUGGGUCUCGACAGUCAGUUUGUUGAAGUGGAAGGACAGAUCACAUCGCUGGUGGAUCUGUAUCCAUCCUUCCUACGGAAGGGUUACCAUCGAGAAAUCUUUAUAGCUAUAAUAUGCUUUGUGAGCUACCUGCUGGGACUUACCAUGGUCACUAAGGGUGGCAUGUAUGUGUUUCAACUCUUUGACUACUAUGCAGCCAGUGGCGUGUGUCUUUUGUGGGUUGCAUUCUUUGAAUGUAUUGCUGUAGCCUGGGUUUAUGGCGCUGAUAAUUUCUAUGAUGCGAUUGAGGACAUGAUUGGCUACAGACCAAAUUUCUGGAUGAAGUGGUGCUGGACUACAAUCACACCUCUUCUUUGUGUGGGGUGUUUCAUCUUCUCUUUGGUGAAAUACAAGCCUUUGACAUACAACAAAAUCUAUGAGUACCCAGAAUGGUCCAUUGGAGUUGGGUGGACACUUGCCCUUGCUUCCAUGACUUGCAUACCUAUGGUGAUGGUGAUAAAGAUUAUCCAGUCUGAAGGACCCCUCAUUGAGAGGAUUAAAGCAGUGGCAGCCCCAGUGCGGGGAGGGGCAAGUUCUUGCCCCCAGGAGCUCCGCCCCAAGAUCUCUGACCUGGAACGUCCCCUGGACCCCAAUGGGAACAAUGGCUUGAUGAAACCCAAUCACACUGUUCUAGAAACCAUCAUGUGAGCACUCUCUAUGAGAGAUUUAAAUACCUGCUUUCCAUUAUAUAUAUAUAUAUAUAUAUAUAU